AUGUCCGAGACCACUACUACAGCUAAGGCGUCCACGCUGCUGAAGGCCCCUUCUGGAAGAUUGUUCUCUCAGGGAACUGACGUCAAAUACGGUGAUUUCCGUGAUGACAUUCUUCAAAACGGCUACGCAGUGGUGAAAGGUGCUAUCGCUCGCGAUCGAGCUUUGAAAUACGCAGACGACAUCUACACUUGGCUAGAGGAAUUCAACCUCGGAUUUGACCGCAAUGAUCGUUCAACAAUUCACAAGGACCACCUCCCCGACAUCAACGAGAAAGGAAUGUGCUUGGGGUACGGCAUCUCCCACGAGUCAUUUACCUGGGCUGUUCGUCAAGAGCCAGCUGUAGUGGGCGCAUUUGAGAAGGUUUAUGAUACUGAGGAUUUGAUUGUGUCAUUUGACUCUGUGAACAUCGGAUUCCCCAACAGAAUGGAUAUCAAGCCCAAUUCGCCAUGGCCUCAUCAAGACCAGGAUCCUGAAAAGCCUGGAUUCCGGUGCUUGCAAGGCCUUGUCAAUCUACUUCCUAAUGGGCCUCAAGAUGGUGGUUUAAUUGUUUGCAAGGGCGCACAUUUGUUGAGUGAAGAGUUCCACGCCAAUUUCAAGGACGAGGAAAGGAUUUGGUCUUGGACUAAGGAGUGGUACGGAUUUACUGAGGCUGGACAGGCCUGGUUGAAAGACAAGGGUUGCGAAUGGAUCAAGGUGGAAGCUGAACCGGGCGACCUGCUUCUCUGGGAUUCACGAACACCUCAUUACAACGUGUCUUCUGAGACAAACCAAGAUCGUUUCUGUGUUUAUACCUGCUUCAUGCCUGUCGCAGAUGCAACGAAGGAACAGCUUCAGACAAAAAAGAUGGCCUUUGAAGAAACCAAAAUGACCACUCACUGGCCCAAUGCAAUGCACGUCGUCGAUCUUCCGGUUUUCAGGAACGGAGAGGCUGAUCCUUAUAAUCGCUCGAAGCCUCGAGAGUCGGUGAAGCUUACCGAGCGUGGAUAUAGGUUGACUGGCAUUCCUUAUCUUGAGCAGAUGGCUUAG